AUGAUAUGUUUCCGGAGCUUUAGAGGAGAAGACACCCGCAAUGGCUUCACUCCCCAUCUCUAUAAGGAGCUAUGCACCAAAGGAAUCAACACUUUCAUCGACAAUGACAAGCUUGAGAGGGGCGAUGUCAUAGCUUCUGUGCUUGUUCCGGCUAUUGAAAACUCCAAGUUUUCUGUCAUUGUUUUGUCAAAAAAUUAUGCUUCUUUCAGGUGGUGUUUGGAGGAGCUGGUGAAGAUUCUAGAGUGCAUGAGAACCAAGGGACAGAGGGUUCUCCCAAUUUUCUACAAUGUGGAUCCCUCACAUAGGCCAGAAUCAGAAUUUCCAUGGAGGGAGAUAAUUUUCUCGCUUUCUGCAGAGCAACUCCUUUGCAAAUGCAGUGGUUCCACGAGCUUGGAAUCAAAUCUUGCCUUCUUAUGA